AUGGUGACGAUGAUAGUGAUGAUGAUGGUUGAACUCGCAUCUUCGGGUAUCUAGACCGCCGCUCUACCCAUUGAGCUAACGGGGAUUGGUAGCGAGUCUUAUCCAAUUUAAGUGCACGAAAUAUUUUCGUGACGACUUAACGCUUGUCUUAAAGGACGCUCAGUGUUUCAAUUCUAUUUCAUUCAUUGGCUCGAGCGGGAUUUGAACUCGCAUCUUCGGUACUCGAUUGCAGUGUCAGAAUAAUAUGAAACUGGUUUUUCGUAUCUCUGAGGAUGGUUCAUGCUAACGUUCUUUCCACAAUGGGCGCGUAAAACAACAACAAAUAAUUACAAAUUUAAAAAAGAGUAAGGAAUUAGUAUGAAAAUAUAAAUAUUGCCUUUUUGAAAGAAAAUAAUUCUGUUUUUCUCACCUAAGCAGACAAGUGGUUCAAGUGAUGCAUUGCAGGCAGUGUCGACGACAGGAGAUGACGAAAUCGAGGCAGCUCAAGUAGAAAGUGAAGAGAAUGCGGGAGAUGAUGAAACAAUGAUUGUUGAAGAAGAAAAAACUGCAGAAGAUGCUUUACCUGGAGGUACAUUUCUACAUGAUAAAAUAUUUGAAACGUAGUGAUCUGGUGUAGCGGAUCGGUUGUGAUCUUAUAAGCGUCAGCCAGGCAACGGGUUUCCUUGUUUCGCGUAAAGCCAAACGAGGAUGAGAGUUGAGAAGCGAGACUUUGCAUAUGAGAGUUUUCUGAACUCUCAUGCCCCGGGCAAACGAGAACAAGAGUUGCGUGAGAGUUGAUGAGAGUUGAGAAACGAAACUUUGCAUGAGAGUUUUCUCAACUCUCAUGCCCCGGUCAAACGAGAACAAGAGUUGCAUGAGAGUUGAGAAGCGAGAGUUUGCAUGAGAGUUUUCUCAACUCUCAUGCCCCAGUCAAAAGAGAACAAGAGUUGCAUGAGAGUUGAUGAGAGUUGAGGAGCGAGAGUUUGCAUGUGAGCUUUCUCAACUCUCAUGCCCCGGUCAAACGAGAACAAGAGUUACAUGAGAGUUGACUGGAUAUUACGGCGCGAAAACUCUCGUCAACUCUCAUAAACAUUUGAACAGUUCAAAGUCACUGAGAGUUGGUGGUUAAACACGAGCGAGAGUUGCAACUCUCUUACUCUCAUCCUCUUUGACUGGGUCUUUAGUCUUCGUACUGACGUUUUUGUCUUUCCUCACAGAGUUGGAGAAGCCGAAGUACACAUGCGAGAUCUGUGGCAAGGCGUACAUACGUUCUUGGUCAUUUUAUGGCCACAUGAGAGAGCACGCAUCUGGGGAUAAACAACACAAAUGUUCUGUUUGUGAGAAGGUGUUUAACUACGCCAGCAAUCUACGACAACAUAUGUUGAUUCACACUGGUAAGGAAUUCUAGUAUUAUUACAGGAAAUUAUAGAAAACACCGAUUCAUUUUUACCUUGUAUAUUGAAACAAUAAUGAAUCUGGUGUGUUUAAUCAAAUACAUAUUAAUUUUUUUUAUUUUAUUUUAUGUGUAGGUGAAAAGCCGUAUGAAUGUGAAUACUGCGAGAAAGCGUUCAAUAAUCCCAGUUCACUCAGAUCGCAUUUGUUAUCUCAUUCUGAAGAAAGACCUUAUGCAUGUGAUGUCGAAGGAUGUGAUAAAGCUUUUAAUAAUCCAGGUUCAUUGAGGUAAUGAAUUAGUUCUCAAGUAGCUUGGGUGUUGGUGGUGGUGGUGAUGGUAGUUGUGGUGGUGGUUAUGGUGUGGUGAUGAUGGUGAUUAUGUUGAUGAUUUGGGUGUGAUGAUGGUGGAUUGGUGGUGGUGGUGGUGGUGGUGAUGAUGAUGAUGAUGGUGGUUAUGGUGAUGAUGAUGUUGGUGGUGAUAAUGAUGUUGAUGAUGGUAAUGAUGUUGGUGGUGAUAAUGAUGAUGGUGAUGAUGGUAAUGAUGUUGGUGGUGAUGGUAAUUGUGAUGGUGGUGAUGAUGAUAUUGGUGGUGAUGGUGAUGAUGAUGGUGGUGACAAUGGUAAUGAUGAUGAUUGUGGUGGUUAUGGUGAUGGUGAUAAUGACGUUGGUGGUGAUGGUGAUGAUGGUGAUGAUGAUGAUGUUGGUGGUGAUGAUGGUGAUGAUGAUGAUGAUGGUGAUAGUGGUGGUGAUGGUGAUGAUGAUGGUAGUUGUGAUGAUGGUAUAAAUGAUGGUAAUGAUGAAAAUCAUUUUUCCAGAGUCCAUCGUCGUGUUCAUCAAGAUGAAAAGCCGUUUCCUUGUCCUCAAGAUGACUGUGAUAAAGCGUUCAAAACUCAAGCAGAAUUAUCACGUCACAUGUUCAGACAUACUGGACAGAAACCGUUUAAAUGUGACCAAUGUGAUAAGGCGUUUAUACGUUUUGAUGAUCUGAAGCGACAUUAUCGCAUACAUACAGGUAAGACAUACUGGAGGAAACAUAAACUUUCUAUGGAUCGAAUAAGAAUAAAAAACUAUCCUUUAUUAGGAUAGUUUUUACUAUCCUAAUAGAGUAAAAAUUAUCCUGAUGAUGAUUUUGUAAUAUCCUUUUAUCAGCAAGAUAAAACUGUACGUGAAAAAAUGGGGCCUUCGUAGUUCUGUUUUAAUACAGGGCUCAAAAUAACGGCCGGUCAACGGACAAUGACUGGCCAAAAAUGCCUCUUGACCGGUCACUUUUUUAUAAACCUCACCGGUCAUUGUGACCGGCCACAUUUGCAUGCCCUCCAAUGUGAUUGCUGGCAUCAAGAUUUUAUCAUCUCUAAUCUUACCCCAUUUUCAUUUCAGGAGAAAAGCCAUUUAAAUGCGACCAAUGUGACUUUGCCUGUAUCCAAUCGUUCGAUCUGGUCAAACAUAAAUACACGCACAGCGGCGACAAACCUUAUAAAUGUGAUGUUUGCCCAAAACAAUUCACUCGUCCAGCCAGACUCCGAGAUCAUCUUCGCACACACACCGGUGAAAAACCGUAUAACUGCGAGGUCUGUGGGAAAUCGUUUGCUGUCCAGACUGGACUCAAGUCACACAUGGUAAGAUGUUGUUUAUGGAGUUGCUCGCAUGAAUAAAAUGGACCUCGCAGAGUUCGCUUCGCUCGGCGGAGGAGAAUUAUAGGAUGAGCAUGAUAGGUUUCUCGAAUCUUUAGAAGGGCUGUUCUGGGGCCGGUUAAAAUUUAUCCUGCAGUUUUAGUUUGUGUAUUUGUGCAUAUCUGUUUAUCAUAAAAGUUUAUAAAAUAAAAGCUCUAUCUAUCCAAACAAGAUUUAAAAUAUUUCCAUGUUUGCAAGCAAGAUGUUGGAAAUCUGCUCUGAAACUACAAUCUUUGACAAUAUAGAUUGGGACAAUCUAGUUUUCACAUGCAUAUUGUAAUAUACCAUUUACUGAUACAUUUUUUCCACCCUCCUUCCCCCACCCGUUUCAAUGUUGACGCCUCCCAACCAGACAUCCGGCUUUUGUCGGUCCAACAUUGAACUGGGGGAACGGGGGCGCCAUUCCUUUCAAAUUAUAUGAAAUUACAGCAGCUGUCCCAUAGUUUCUGGCAAAGAUUGUAGCCAGCCUUCGUACAGCCAGCCCCUAGUGUUCUAAUUUAAAAGUUACUGAUUAAUUAUAUGAAAUUAGUGAUUAAUGAAGCAUUAAUUGUCUUGUUACUCCAGGCUGUUCACACGGGUGAAAAACCGUUCAAAUGCAGUGAAUGUGAUCGAUCUUUCCGCACACAGCAAGAACUGCAGGCUCAUAUGGGACGACACACUGGCAUCAAACCUUUCAAAUGUCAUCUUUGUCAGAAGGAAUUUAUCUCUGCUGUCACCUUCAAACGACAUGCUAUUGUACAUUCUGGUAAGCUGUGGUUCAAA